AUGUAUUCUCAUUUCACUUUCUCCAACUGUGACACAUACCUCGACAAUGACGCAGUCAUAAAAGUGGAACGAGAAUACACGUCAACAAACCCAUUCCUCGUAAGGGCGAUUGUUGAGGAAGCAAGGGACGGAGAAAGUGGAUGGAUGCAACUUGUUUCAUCCGAUUCGGACAAAUCAUUUAUCAAAGGGUUCCGAUCCAAGUCAUUAAUAUCCAACCUUUCAGAAGAGGCAGUGACCAAGAAGCAGGUGAAGGCACGCAGGAGACCAGAUGACCCGGAUACGAGCAGCUCUCUCCCACUUGCCCUUUCUGCGUCUGUUUCCUCUUUCCUCUCCUUCCUCCGCUCCCACCUUAAUAAAUACCGACUCUGA